CAUAUCACAUGGCUUCAAGAGGAAUCAACAUGGGUCUAGUCAUGGUCCUUAUCGUGGCCAUGCUUUCAGCUAAAGCCAUGGCACAAUCAGGUUGCACCAAUGUUCUAAUUAGCAUGGCUCCAUGCCUAAGCUAUGUCACUGGAAGCUCCUCGACUCCAUCUUCUUCGUGCUGCUCGCAAUUGGCUAGUGUUGUUCUAUCACAGCCACAAUGCCUCUGCGCCGCACUAAAUGGCGGUGGUGCUUCAUUAGGUCUUAACAUCAAUGAGACGCUUGCAUUAGCACUUCCUGCUGCCUGUAAAGUACAAACCCCGCCUGUUAGCAAGUGCAAUGAUAUUAAUGGACCUGUAAUGUCUCCAGCCGAUUCUCCUGAUGGUUUGCCAGGUAAUUCUUCAAGUACUCCAUCUUGUCGAUGGAAAUUUUACAUCCUUAGAAAGCACAGAGGAGGAUCUAAAACAGUUCCAGCAACUGGAGGGAGCCCUGGAAAUGGCCUCAUCAUAAACAAGACCCUUCAGCUCGUUCUCUUUGUUGUGUUCAUGGCAUCAUCUGCAUCAACUUUAAGCAGCUACUGA